AUGCUUCCCGAGUUCGUGGUUGACUCUAUCAUCGACCGAAAUCGAGAUCUUGCGGCUCGAAUCGGGGGUCAUGCUGAGUCUUCACACGCGCAGUCAAGGAGGGGCCGCUCGAGCUCUCACAUCCCGGAAGCGGUCUCUGAACUAGAGAUCGAAACCUUCGCUCGGCGCUGUGGAGAUGUGACCGUUCUGUUCUGCGAUGUGGCCGACUUCCCACAGUUGGUCGCUGCACUGGCACCGAAGCACCUAAUAUUGGUGAUGCAUCGGCUGUUCAGCAACAUCGACAAGUUGGUGUUUGUUCACGCUUUGACUAAGCUCGAAACGGUCUCUGAGUCCUAUGUUGUCUGCAGUGGACUCACCCGGAUGGUGACUCAUCUCAUCAUGCUGUGUCGANNNNUCAUAGCGAUCGUCAUGAUGCUACUGUGA